GGAUGCUGAGAUCCUUGGUGCAAGGGCAGAGAUCCCCCAGUGAGAUCCCAAGGAAAGCAGGCAGAGCAAACAGCACAUCAGGACCAGGCGUGGGGCCACGGAGGGCAGGGAUGGGAUCUGCUUGCUGCGUGCUGUGGGCACCCAAAACGUGUUUUGGUGUUUCUGCACAACGCGGCGCGGUGUGGGAGCGAUAAGGAACGCAAACCGCCCGUAGGUUAAUUGCCUUUCUGAAGUCAUCUGCUCCAUAAUCUCCUGCCUUAAAGACGCUGCUGGGGAGGAAAGAUUGAAAGAAAUAAUGUUUUUAAAGCUCUGUCAAAAAUCAUCCUGUGAUUCUGUGAUCCUGGCGCUCCGCUGCACUGAAGGAGGAGGCGCUGAGCUCCGCGCUCAUCUCUCAGCUGCAGAUCUGAGGUCUCACCCAGGUGCUAACAGCUCCUCUCUGUCCCCAGCCGGCCACAGCAUGGAGCUCCUCGAGCCGCUCGUGAAGUUCCAGGUGGGCUUGAAGAAGCUGAACCUUCACGAGGAAGAGCACGUGCUCCUCAUGGCCAUCUGCAUCCUGUCCCCAGAUCGACCCGGCGUUCAGGACACCUCGCUGGUGGAGUCCAUCCAGGACCGCCUCUCGGACAUCCUGCAGACCUACAUCCGCUGCAGGCACCCCCCGCCCGGCAGCCGCCUGCUGUAUGCCAAGAUGAUCCAGAAGCUGGCCGACCUGCGCAGCCUCAACGAGGAGCACUCCAAGCAGUACCGCUGCCUCUCCUUCCAGCCCGAGCACAGCAUGCAGCUCACGCCCUUGGUGCUCGAGGUCUUCGGCAACGAGAUCUCCUGAUUCCAGCCGUGGGUUUGAGCACCCGCGUCUAAAGGGAUAAGUCAGCCUUGGCCCCCGAGAGGAGGGCUGUGACCCUGGGAGGAGGUUGUACAUAGUUUCGUUUCACACUACUGCAGGUCCUGCUUUGUUUUCUUAGCCACGGCGGCCGAGGUUUGCUCGCUGCAGACCCAGAUCUGUGCUUCCCCCCCCCCCCCCCCCCAUGAGUGUUUCUUUCACUCGUCUGCAAGAGCUGACUUAUCCCUUUAUGGAUGUUUUGAGGCUGGGCUGCCUUGAACCACUUUUUUUCUGACCAGAAACUGGGGCUGCUCGGAAGGAGAGGCUCAGGUUUUGCAGAUUCAUGGCACUGGGGAACCAUCAAAGGCAUCUAUUGAACCUGAGGGACCCCUCCGCUCACCCCCGAUUUGAGAAAUGUGAUGCUGAUGGAAUUGCACACCCCAGACCCAUGCAGGAAAAUGCUGAGGCUGCUCCUCAGAGCCCCACAGACAGCGGUGAGAGGUUGGAGAAGGGAACCACAGCCAGGAACAGCCAGCCGGGCUGUGAUGUGUGUUCCCAGCACUACUGCCACCCCGUGUCCCACAUCAGCCCCGCUGCUGACACCAUCCUGUAAGGGUGUAGUCUGUUGUCACGUUGAAGCCAGGCGGAGCUAAUUGGGCACGCUGAGGUUUCCUGUGCAAUGCUGGAGCUCUGGAGGGUGCCCCAUCCCCGCUGACCCCACUGAAGCCACUUCUGCAGGGUGGUGGUCCUUCAGGAGGGGUCAAUGGGAGCAGCGCCAGCACGAGGACGGAUUUGGGGCCAUGAAAUGCAGAGGAGCAGCGGGAGCUGAGUGCCUUGGUGGGACGCCAGGCAGCACCGUGUCUGGGGACACACAGCGGUCACGGUCCGCUGCAUGGACAGCGGGGGUGGGGACCCUGCAGGCAGCCGGACCUGGGGACAGUGCCUGGGGAUG